UGCUCAUUUCAGGUGGGGAGUUUGGGUGAUUCAGAUAUUUAGGGUGUUUGGUUAUGAGAGUUGUUUGAGAAUUCUUGUCAAUUAUGUGUAUUGAGAUGUUCCGGACGAGGAUUAUGUUGUUUGGAACUGCUUUUGUUGUGUGGUUGUGUUGCUCUCAUCUGUUUGGUGGGGCAGAUGGCCAGGUUACUGACCCAGUGGAAGUCACAGCAUUGCACACCUUCAAGCAAAGUUUGAUUGAUCCAAAUCAGAAUCUCAGUAAUUGGAAUCGUGGAGAUCCAUGUAUGUCGAAUUGGACAGGGGUUUUGUGCUUCAAUAUGAUCAUGGAUGAUGGCUAUCUACACGUUGAAGAAUUGUAUGUACAGAAUAUGAAUCUGUCAGGCAGUUUAUCUCCAGAGCUUCAUCGCUUAUCUUAUAUGAAAAGAUUGAAUGUUAUGUGGAAUAAGAUAAGUGGAAAUAUACCGAAGGAGAUUGGCAAUAUUACAUCUUUGAUACUCUUGCUCUUGAGUGGAAAUCGACUCACAGGUUCCUUGCCUGAAGAGAUCGGUUAUCUUCCUAAUUUAGACAGAAUUCAAAUUGACGAGAACCAAAUAUCUGGACCAAUACCUAAAUCAUUUGCGAACUUGAACAAAACAAAGCAUUUCCACAUGAACAACAAUUCAAUUAGUGGGCAAAUCCCGCCUGAACUGUCUAGUCUCCCAGAACUCGUUCACUUGCUACUUGACAAUAACAACUUAUCAGGGUAUCUUCCACCAGAGCUCGCCAAUAUGCCUAAACUACAGAUAGUUCAAUUGGACAACAACCACUUUGAUGGGGGGGCUACAAUACCAGCUACAUAUGGCAACAUGUCUCAUUUGAUGAAGUUGAGUCUUAGGAACUGCAGCUUGCAAGGACCAAUCCCCGACAUGAGCAGGAUGCUGAACCUUUCUUAUAUUGACCUCAGUUCAAACCAGCUUAGUGGAUCCAUACCACAAGUUAAGCUUUCCGAAAAUAUCACAACUAUCGAUUUAUCAAACAACAAUCUUAAUGGAACCUUCCCUGGCAUCUUUUCAGGCCUGCCUCAACUUCAGAAAUUGGCACUUGCAAACAAUUCACUAAGUGGUUCUGUUCCAUCCAAUAUCUGGGAAAAUAGAACUUCUAAUGGUACCGAGAGACUCAUUGUGGAUUUACAGAACAAUAUGCUUUCAAAUAUCUCAGGCAGUGAUAACCUACCUCCAAAUGUUACUGUUAGGCUUCAAGGAAAUCCAAUAUGCUUAAAUACCAACCCGGUCCAGUUUUGUGGAUCUCAGAAUGAAAAUGACAGUAAUAUCCAGAGCUCAACAAACUCCACUGGUGCUUGUUUCGUGCAAUCGUGCCCACCCCCUUACGAAUAUGCCCCAUCAUCACUUGUACCAUGCUUCUGUGCUGUGCCUUUGAUCGUUGAUUAUCGGCUGAAAAGUCCUGGAUUCUCAGAUUUUCGGCCAUACACCAAUCUAUUUGAGGAGUACCUAACCUCUGGUCUCGAGUUGAAGGCUUAUCAACUUGACAUUGCUACUACUCCUAUGUGGGAAAUAGGUCCCCGACUGAGAAUGUACUUGAAGAUUUUUCCUGUUUACAUUGACAACACCACUCAUUUAUUCGAUAGGAGUGAGGUUCUACGAAUUCAGAGUUUGUUCACAAGAUGGGAGAUUCAUGAUAGUAAAAUUUUUGGACCUUAUGAGGUUCUCAACUUCAUUCUGUUGGACCCUUAUAAAGAAGCGGACCUCUCCUCUUCAAAAUCUGGUAUUAGCAAGGUAGCACUGAUUGGCAUUGCACUUGGGGCGAUUGCAGGUGCAGUUACAUUAUCCGCAAUUGUAUCACUUCUUAUAUUGAGAUUGAAUGCGAGAAAACGCCAUAUAUCUUCAAGAAGACAUCUAUUGUCUAAGAUCUCUUUCAACAUUGAUGGUGUAAAAGGUUUCACUUACGGAGAAAUGGCACUUGCAACUAACAAUUUUCAUGCUUCCACUCAAGUAGGACAAGGAGGGUAUGGGAAUGUCUAUAAAGGUAUUCUAGCUGAUGGCACAGUUGUGGCCAUAAAACGUGCACAAGAAGGAUCAUUGCAGGGUGAAAAGGAAUUUCUCACUGAAAUAGAACUGUUGUCAAGGUUACAUCAUCGGAACCUGGUUUCUUUGAUUGGAUACUGUGAUGAAGAAGGUGAACAGAUGUUGGUUUAUGAGUUCAUGCCCAACGGUACCCUGAGGGAUCAGCUAUCUGGUAAGCUUAAAGCGCCUAUGAGUUUUGCCAUGAGAUUGAAAAUUGCUCUAGCUGCAGCCAAGGGCAUUCUCUAUCUACAUAUGGAAGCCAAUCCUCCAAUAUUCCAUCGUGAUAUCAAGGCCAGCAAUAUAUUGUUGGAUUCUAAAUUUACUGCAAAGGUUGCCGAUUUUGGACUUUCACGGCUUGCCCCCAUCCCUGAUCUUGAAGGAACUAUACCUGUUCAUGUAUCCACAGUCGUUAAGGGGACUCCGGGGUACCUCGAUCCAGAGUAUUUUCUCACUCGUCAACUGACAGACAAAAGUGAUGUUUAUAGCCUCGGCGUUGUAUUUCUAGAGCUCUUGACAGGAAUGCAUCCAAUCUCGCAUGGCAAAAACAUUGUUCGAGAGGUAAACAUUGCAUGUCAAUCUGGAAUAAUCUUCUCUGUCAUUGAUGAACGAAUGGGAUCCUAUCCUUCUGAAUGCGUGGAGAAGUUUGUAAGCUUGGCCCUCAAGUGUUCCCGAGAAGAGACAAGCGCACGACCUUCAAUGGCAGAGGUGGUUCGGGAACUUGAAAGCAUAGGACUUUUGAUGCAUGAGUCAGACAGCAAAGUAACAGAAUCGUUUAUUACUGACCCUGCUAAGAUUGUGAGCCCUCCAUCAUCAUCGUCUAACAUGAAUCAUCCUUACGUAUCAACAGAUGUCUCUGGCAGUGACCUUGUUAGUGGAGUCAUGCCUGCCAUUACACCUAGAUGAUUUUUCUCCCAACUUCUGUAUUUUAGUCCACAUUUGUUCAAUUUGAUUUGUAAAAUUCUGAUAGCUCACAUUUGAUGUUGUUGUCAUACAAUAAUAGUUUUGCUUACAAUCCAUUGUAUUUCUUGAAUAUUUGUGUGAUACCUCUGUGCUAUUUGAAAUGGGUUGGGCUUAUGUCAAGUUCAAAUUUAAACUUGAGGGACCCUGCCAACCACAAAUCCCUUUUCAAUGAUUCAAAUUGUUCAUUUUGUAGGGUUUUGAGUGUAUAUGGUGGGGAGUAGAAAUCUGUCCCACAUCGGUUCACUAGGGACUCUUGACCUACCCUAUAAAG